AUGUUGAAUUAAGUUCUUUAAGUAAUUGGAGUUGAAGAAAACGAAGAAUAAAAAAUGGAGGCAAUUUAUGAUGAUUUCUAAAGGCCUCCAAAGAUUUAGAUCGCAAUGAUGCAUGCUGCUGCAACUAAAUUUGCAAAGACAGAUCCUAAUAUUGACCUUGAUAAAACAAAUGUUUGUCCUUGUUGUGGAUUACCAACUGUAAUUGAAGAAAUUCCAUUAUGCUCAUCAAGGAAUGAAUUCAGUUUCAAUGGUUCAGGAAUCGCAUUAUAUUUUGAUUUCUUGGUGUUUUCUGGAGUUCUUGUUUUUACUUAUAUGUAUUAAUAUAUUAAAAUAUUAUUAGUGCUAUUAGUUGCGGAUAUAAUAUAUAUGCUAAUUCUUAAGGAAAACGAUGUAGUUAAUUAAACAUUUCUCUAGCUGAUAAAUGUAAAACAGAUUUUUUCAACUAAUUCUCUUUGACAAACGAUAAUGAGUAAUAAUUAUAAUCUAUAUCUAAUAGACAAUUCGACGAAAUUCGUAGCAUUCUAAAUUUUAUAUCCCUAAUAGUUAUUUUAUUUAUGACCUUAUUUUACAGAAGACAUAUAAGUAAAAUUGCAAUGGAAUUGGAUGAUGCUGCUAUAUUGGCUUCUGAUUUUUCAAUCAUUGUUGAAAAUAUUCCAAGAGAUGCUAAAGAAACUGAAAUUUACGAAUAUUUUACGUAAUCCUUUCAAAAUGAAACUGUCGAAUUAAGAAAACUAUGUAUUGCAUAUGAAAUCCAACCAUAUUUAAAAUUAAACACUCAAAAACAACUAAAAGAAACAGUUCUUACAAAAGUACUUGAAUUAGAAGCUGAAGGAAAAAAAAUACCUAAAUCAAUUCCAUCAAGACUACAAUUAAUAGAAGAAAUUGAUAAAAUUUCAAAAGAAUUAGAUUAUAUGGAAGACAAUAGAGCAACUAUUUUCGAUUUUAGUGGAAUUUGCAUAAUAAGUUACAAUUAUGAAAAAUAAGCUGAUAAUAUUUGUAAAACCUUUAAAGCGACAAGGUUUUAAAUAUUGCUAGAUUAAUUAGGAUUUGAAUAAAAUGAAUUUAAAAAGUUUAGAAAUAAUAAUCUUUUAGUAAGAAAAGCACCAGAACCUGGAGAUAUUAUUUGGGGUAAUCUAGGAAUAACAAUUAAAGAAUAAUAUAAAAGAACAUUAAUUACUAAUCUUAUGACUUUAUUUCUGUUAGCCAUUGGUUUUGGUUUAUUACUUGGAUUGUCUUAUCUUCAAAAUGUCAUUAAUAAAAAUAUUUCAAAAGACUCAAAUGCUUAAAUAUAUUUAAUUAAUCUUCUUGGCUUUGCUUCAUCAAUUCUCAUCUCAAUCAUAAAUGUGGUUUUAGCUAGAAUGAUCGUUAAAUUUGCUGAAUUAGAAUAGUAAGCUACAAGGACAGAUUAUGAUGUAAGCGUGGCUUAUAAAAUGGGAGUAGCUCAAUUUCUCAAUACUGCCAUUUUGACUUUAAUUAUUAAUCUAUUUAUUACUGAAGAUGUUUCAAGUUUAAAUCAAGCAAUUUGGCAAACAGGUGGACUCAACUCAGAUGUUAUGUUGAUUUUUAUUACUAAUUCAAUAAUGCCAUGGCUAACUUUAUUGUUAGACAUUAAAUAUUUUUAUAAGUUAUAUGUCAGAUAAAAAAUUAUCAGAUAAGGGGAAAAUUGCAAAUAUACUUAAAAUGAAGCUAAUUAGUAAAAAUUAUUUUUAUUAUAGAGCAUUUGAAGGACCCUCAAUUGAUUUAUCUUAAAAAUAUGCUAAUCUUUGCAAGACACUUUUGUUUACAUUUUUAUAUUCAGCAUUAUUACCUAUUGGAGUUUGCUUUACAUUUUUCUCAAUUGUUUGUAUUUAUUGGACAGAAAAAUACUUAUUAAUUAGAAGAGACUCAAAGCCUGCUCCAACAGGAAGUGCAAUGGCUGAAGCAAUGAUCGAUUUUUAUAUCGAAUUAAUUCUAUUAUUAUUUUCCGUAAAAAUCAAUACUCAUAAUUUAGUUAGGAUGUACCUUUUGGGAAUGGGUGAAUUAUGAUUAAGUACACUAUCUUACAUGGCUGUAAUUGGGAUUCUCAACACUGCAUUAUUUAGUGCCAAUUUAGAAAAUCUGUGGUUGCAUAGUGGAUUUAGGAAUUGAUAAUGCCACUGUUGAAUCAUAUGAUCAAAAAUUCUUAACUUUUUAUGAUGAUUAUGAUAGACGCAAUCCUGUUACUUUAGAUGCAGCCAAAGAAAAAUGGAUAAAAAUACAGUAAGAAACUGUUUAACCCACCCCUUAACCAAAAACUAAGUAACAAAAAUUAACUAUUAUAGCAAUUUAAUUAAGCAACAUCAUUAAAUUAACCAUAUUAUCACAGGAAGUACAAGAGUCCAUCCUUUAAAUAGUAGAAACAGCCGAGAGAUUGAUGAAUUAUAAUAGCUUUAAGUUUGA